AUGUCGAUCGCCCAUUGCCCCGAACUUCCCCUCGAUGUUAUGCACGAGAUCGUUGCGUUUGUCGACAGGUCUGCUCUUCCGGCAUGUGCGCUCGCAUCUCGGGGACUCCGAGUUCCCAGCCAGCGUCUCCUAUGGCGCGAUAUCCAAUUCGUCCCAUUAUCUCGAGCAGCCGAUGACAUACUUCACGUAGCUCACAAGUUCGGCACGUACACCCACUCGCUGUACGUGCGCGAAGAGCCGCAGAAAAGGACGGAUCGUACAUCAGUCUUCAUCCUCGAAGAAGCAGGAGACUCCCAGGCAGCAGCUAUCAUUGGCAUGAUGCCAAAUCUGCGCUGCCUGCUCAUACAACCAGACAUGAUGCGAAGUUUGCAGCCCUCUCUCGCUGAAGCAGUCAGUCGCGCGCUGCCUUCGCUGCAUACCCUGGACAUCUGGUUAUGCACAAAUCUACCGCCUUGGCAUUUGCUUGACCUAGCCGCUUUCACGGAUACCCAGAUAUCCGGUCGCAGGCCUCGGGUCAAGCUAAUGAGUCUCUCCCCCAAGGCGGCGCAUCGCUCCAGUUUCCCGGACGGACUUAUGCUGGAGCAUUACCUCUCGCCAGCCCUUUCUUUAAAUUUGACAUGCCUCUGUCGCCUGCGCCUCAGCGAUGCGGCCGACCCUACCAAAGAACCCCUUGAGCGGCUGUUCGAAGGUUGCCAGGAAACGUUGCGUCACUUCAAUACGACUUGGUUCCCACAAGACCCGCCACCUGGCCUUGCCCUGCUCGUCAACCUGGGAACUCUCGUCAUACGCGAUAUCCCGCCAGCUCACCAGCUCUCUUAA